UAAGCACAGUCAGACCCGCUAGGUGCCCAGUACACAGUGCCUAAGAUGGGAAGAGACUGGGUUCCUCCCUGACCAAAACAAGCCCUAUAGGUUUAUUGUAGGCCAUCCGGAAGUGAUCGGAGGCUGGAAAGAAGGGAAUUCUCAUGAAUGUGGGUUACGUUGCCAAACAGAUCCCGGGCAGUGUCUGCAGAGCCACCGAGUACCCGGGCAUCAGCACACCACACACGCCUCGACUUCUACGUGGAACGUCUCAAAGGAGGGACGGAGGGGCCCCUUACUUAGCUCCCCGCUCAGGGCUCUGAGGCGGAAGGAUCCGAUGUCUCCAGGCGCAUGCGCUUGAAUGCUGGCGGACCUUUCCGGUUGCCGACUCCAAAAACCUCAAGAAGGAAUUGUUGCAAAUAGGAGGAACUUUUGAUACAACAGAGGCCCUCCACAAGAAGGAAUUCUCUCCUUCAGAAAACCUAGGUGUGCACUAUUGUACCCAGUAACCUCAUAAGAUGAAUCGGGGAGCAUUCCCUCUUUUUUGAAACAGGAGCUGUGACUGAUGAGAAUUAAGGGCCAUGGAUGAAGAUGGACUUGAAUUACAGCCACAAGCACCAAACUCAUUUUUUGAUGCAACAGGAACUGGUGCUACACACAUGGAUGGUGAUCAAAUUGUUGUGGAAGUACAAGAAACUGUUUUUGUGUCAGAUGUUGUGGAUUCAGACAUAACUGUGCAUAACUUUGUUCCUGAUGACCCAGACUCAGUUGUAAUCCAAGAUGUUAUUGAGGACGUUGUUAUAGAAGAUGUUCAGUGUCCAGAUAUCAUGGAAGAAGGAGAUGUGUCUGAGACGGUCAUCAUUCCCGAACAAGUGCUAGACUCAGAUGUAACUGAAGAAGUUUCUUUAACACAUUGCACAGUUCCAGAUGAUGUCUUAGCUUCUGAUAUUACAUCUGCUUCAAUGUCUAUGCCAGAACAUGUCUUGACAAGCGAAUCUAUACACGUGUCUGAUGUUGGACACGUUGAACAUGUAGUUCAUGAUAACGUAGUAGAAGCAGAAAUUGUCACUGACCCUUUGACCACUGAUGUUGUGUCAGAAGAAGUGUUGGUAGCAGACUGUGCCUCUGAAGCAGUCAUAGAUGCUAAUGGAAUCCCUGUGGACCAGCAAGAUGAUGACAAAAACAACUGUGAGGACUACCUCAUGAUUUCCUUGGAUGAUGCUGGCAAAAUCGAACAUGAUGGUUCAUCUGGAAUGACAGUGGAUGCAGAGUCAGAAAUUGAUCCUUGUAAAGUGGAUGGCACUUGCCCUGAAGUCAUCAAGGUGUACAUUUUUAAAGCUGACCCUGGAGAAGAUGACUUAGGUGGAACUGUAGACAUUGUGGAGAGUGAGCCUGAGAAUGAGCAUGGAGUUGAACUACUUGAUCAGAACAACAGUAUUCGUGUUCCCAGGGAAAAGAUGGUUUAUAUGACUGUCAAUGACUCUCAGCAAGAAGAUGAAGAUUUAAAUGUUGCUGAAAUUGCUGACGAGGUAUAUAUGGAAGUGAUCGUGGGUGAGGAGGAUGCUGCAGCUGCGGCUGCGGCUGCUGUGCAUGAACAACAAAUGGAUGACAGUGAAAUGAAAACUUUCAUGCCGAUCGCAUGGGCAGCUGCUUAUGGUAAUAAUUCUGAUGGAAUUGAAAACCGGAAUGGCACUGCAAGUGCCCUCUUGCACAUAGAUGAGUCUGCUGGCCUCGGCAGACUGGCUAAACAAAAACCAAAGAAAAGGAGAAGACCUGAUUCCAGGCAGUACCAAACAGCAAUAAUUAUUGGCCCUGAUGGGCAUCCUCUGACUGUCUACCCUUGCAUGAUUUGUGGCAAGAAGUUUAAAUCGAGAGGUUUCUUGAAAAGGCAUAUGAAGAACCAUCCUGAACACCUUGCCAAGAAGAAGUACCGCUGUACUGACUGUGACUACACUACCAACAAGAAGAUAAGUUUACACAAUCACUUGGAGAGCCACAAGCUGACCAGCAAGGCAGAGAAGGCCAUUGAAUGUGAUGAAUGUGGGAAACAUUUCUCUCAUGCUGGGACUUUGUUUACCCACAAAAUGGUGCAUAAGGAAAAAGGAGCCAACAAAAUGCACAAGUGUAAAUUCUGUGAAUACGAGACAGCAGAACAAGGGUUAUUGAAUCGUCACCUCUUGGCAGUCCACAGCAAGAACUUUCCUCAUAUUUGUGUAGAGUGUGGUAAAGGUUUCCGUCACCCAUCAGAGCUCAAAAAGCACAUGCGAAUCCAUACUGGGGAGAAGCCGUAUGAAUGCCAGUACUGCGAAUACAGGUCUGCAGACUCUUCUAACCUGAAAACACAUGUAAAAACUAAGCAUAGUAAAGAGAUGCCAUUCAAGUGUGACAUUUGUCUUCUGACUUUCUCAGAUACCAAAGAGGUGCAACAACAUGCUCUUAUCCACCAAGAAAGCAAAACACACCAGUGUUUGCAUUGCGACCAUAAGAGUUCAAACUCGAGUGAUUUGAAGCGACACAUAAUUUCAGUUCACACAAAAGACUACCCCCACAAGUGUGACAUGUGUGAUAAAGGCUUUCACCGGCCUUCAGAACUUAAGAAACAUGUGGCUGCCCACAAGGGUAAAAAAAUGCACCAGUGUAGACAUUGUGACUUUAAGAUUGCAGAUCCAUUUGUGCUAAGUCGCCAUAUUCUCUCGGUUCACACAAAGGACCUUCCAUUUAGGUGUAAGAGAUGUAGAAAGGGAUUUCGACAGCAGAAUGAGCUUAAAAAGCAUAUGAAGACACACAGUGGCCGGAAAGUGUACCAGUGUGAGUACUGUGAGUAUAGCACUACAGAUGCCUCAGGCUUUAAGCGGCACGUUAUCUCCAUUCAUACGAAAGACUAUCCUCACCGCUGUGAGUACUGCAAGAAAGGGUUCCGAAGACCUUCGGAAAAGAACCAGCACAUAAUGCGACAUCAUAAAGAAGUUGGUCUGCCCUAACAAUACUUCUACAGAUGUUUGUAGAGGCCUUGAAACAGAAUAUUCAUUUAAAAGCCAAUCAGUCUUGUUAAUAAACAAUACUGAAUUGAUUUAUGCUGUGUAUAAAUAGAAUUAUUGCUUAUAGUUAACUUUUUUUACAUUUUGUUCAAUAGUGUGUUCUGAAUUCUAUUCAGUUUGUUUAAUAAAUGGGGAAAAGCAGCAACAAGCCAGUUGCUUUUAAUAUAGUAAUCCCUGAUCCUAUACUGAAGUUUUCUAUCCUAGAAGUUUUAUAUUUAUUUAAAUAUUUACCUUGCUUACCUUGAUGGUACUCUUCUAAGACCAUUUAACUUAAGGUAACUUUACAUUGGUAAUUGUGAAAGUAUUCAUUUUGACUCAUUUUUCCCAUAAAUUCCUCAAAAUAAAAUCACCCAAGACAUCUAGUUAUGAAUGGGACAUUUUAUGGAGAGGUCUAAUGAUCAUAACAUGGAAGUCAUUUUCUUGUCUUACUUAAUAUUUUCAAGACCAUAUGACAAUAAAAAGAAAGUUUCCAUUUGAGCUUCUGUGUCCCUGGCAUCACUGAGUAAAGAACAGUGGCUGGGUUCAUGUUUACUUUUUAUUUAGCAGACAAAAUAUACUUCUUUUGGUUUUCUUUAGAUAUUUACAUCUUUUGUCAGUGUAGCAAACUUUUAGAAAACCUUAUGGGAAGUUUUGCUUGAUCCUGUUGUGUUUUGAUUACUCUGUCUGUGCUGCUUUGUCUUGGAAUGGUUGUGUGCUACAAACAAAAUUACUGAGGAUUGCAUUUUGGAAUCUCCUCGGGAUAACUUGUGGCUCAUAGGAUCUUUGCAACUUUAUAUAUGUAAAUGUACCCUGAAUUAUAUAUAUAUAUACAUAUAUAUAUAUACACACACACAUAUAUAUAUCAUGUAUCUGUGUGUAUUGCUUAUUUUACAUACUUAUACACACAACCCCAAGUAGUAGUUGUUUAAAAAUCUAUAAUGAAAAGUAUUAAAGUUACAGUAACAAGAAAGAUCCAGGGAUGCAAGAGAGCAUUUUGUAAGUCUUGCUCUUCAGAGAGAUUACUCAGGUAAAGAAUUAGAAGGAAAAUAAGGACACUAGUAUUUUUAAAGAGUUAAAGGUAUUUUCUUUUAAAUAUCUUUGGUAAUUGACAAAUAAUGGGAAAAAAUAGAGGUUAAGGUGUUUAUAGUUCGAAUGUUUUCAUACGGUUUCAGCUCCAUGCCUUUAUAUUUUUCUGAAAAGCUAAUGGAUAUCCAGACAUGAGUACCUCAGUUCUCUGAGAAGCUGGACAGAGAACUCUUGUCUGACCAAGCAAGGAGGACAGAAAAGAAAUGAUGGCUCCAUGGACCAGAGAACGGGUGCUAAUUAUGACGUACAGUUGGCAAGUUUGGCCUUCUCUUUUAUUUUUGUAGACAGUUAUAAUUUUAAAAAUUUAGCAAAUCAAAUUGGCUUGGAUUAGAAGAUAAAUGUGUGUUCCAAAUGCAUAAGGAAAGUCUGAGGCCUUAUUUGGAACCUAAUCAAGCCUUUGAGUUUUUUUUCAUUGAGAGUUGUCAAUUUUUAACAUGUAGUUCUGACUCAGUUAUAAAUUUGUAAAAAGAACCUAGUUAAUUAUGGUCUUGUUAAGAUGACUCUUGGAAAACAGUUGUUAGGGUCCCUGGAAUUGGCUGUUGGCACACGUAUCUGGCACAUUAUGGGAGAUUCAGAAGUUUUCUUCCCACUUGAUAGCUGCCUUGCCACCUCAUGAUGGUGCUCCAUUCCUUUUGUGCCCUUAGGUUUUUACCUUCAUCUUUCUCUUUGCCAUCAAUAUUUGUAUUCAAGAGUUAUAUUUUUGGGGUUAGAUAUCUAAGUAUUUGGUGUUUGGCAAACCUCUGAAGUGCUAGAUUGACUUAGUCUAGUUCUACAUCAAGUGCUUUAGGCUGGUAUAAAUGCUAUCCUAAAUGCCAAAGCCAAGGUGUGGAUUCCCUAGCCUGUACUGUAGGGAAUUCCUUUGCCCUUGUUGCCCUCAUAACGUGCUUUGAAGACAUAACAACUAGUAUUUGAUCCCCCCACCCCCCGCUAUUCUUGAAGGCUCUGGGUUUUUGUUUUGUUUUUAUGUGAGAACUUUAUUAUUUUCCCCAGGAAUAAUGUAAGAUACUUAGCUAAAAUUUAUUAAAUUUUAAAAAUACUAUAAUAUCAUUGCAUAAAAUAUAAAUAAUUUGGCCAAUUAGCUAUAUAUAUUUUUAAAUAAACUGAAAGAUAAAGAACACAACACUUUACACACUUUAUAUUUCUCUUUACAUAAUCUGGAACCACACACAGUUCUUUUCUUUUUAAAGCACAAUAUUGAAGCCUUUAAAAGGUAUUUAAGGGUUUGGUCAAGUGAAUAUAAAAUGUGUUUGUCUGUAUAAAGAAAAGUUGUAGUCACUGUUAUGUACUGACAUUAGUUACAACCUAGUUUUAAUUCUUAAAACAAUUUUGAUUAGCAAAGCUAAAAAUGGAUGUUUCAGUUAAAUGUUUUAAAGAGGUACAGAUUUUUACAAGGACAUAAUAUAAGUUAUUGUUCUGUAGAAAUAUCUUGUUAAAUAUUGUAUGUCCCUCCCACUGUAUACUUUGUAAAAAAAGUAAAAUACAUAAAAAGAAAAAUCAUAUAGGGAUGUGUGACAUUAUUGUAAUUGUGUACUUGAGAAUAAUGUGCAAAAAUAAAAAUCAGAAUAUUUUUCCUGUUAACAAAUGUUUAGUCUAUUUGAUACCAGUACUAAGUUAAUGCUUUUUCUUAAGAAAAAAAAUGUACAGUUUUUGUAAACCUAAUAAACAUCAAAAGCAGUGGAUUAUUUUCAUCCCCCUAUUUCUUAAUUCCUUUUAUCCAACAGUAGAAUGCAAGAUGCUUGAUUGCUUUGAGUUUUGUGACUUGGAUGCAAAUACUGAUAUUUGAGUCCUGUGAAUUUUCAAGUAACAUUACAGAGAAGUUAAGAGGUGAUUGGUGAGUCCUCUGAUGAGCAUGUCCUUGAAAUUAUUUUUUAUCUUCAUAAAGAGUUUUUUGUAUUAGCAUCUCUGAUUCCUGAGAUAAAUUACCCAUGCAUAAUGUGGGUAUUGAGAGCACUUAAGUUCAUUUAGUAGCUCACAACACAUUUAACCCAUGGAGAUUUCCCUUGGUAGGAGCUCUACCUUUGAGUUAGCCAUUUGUGCCCAGUUUGAGGAUAGUCAUUGUUCUAGUAAAAAUCGGAAGUUAGGUAGGAGUCAAAAGACAGAUUUAUGGCACUUUUGAUUUUAAAAAUGGAGACUGUGCAGUGUAGGAACAAGUGUUGGUCUAAUAGAUGAAAUAAGUAAGCAAAACAAGGCAAACAACCGAGGUAUGUGAACACCAUAAAUCUGACAGAACCAAACCAUGCUGUUAAACAGUCUGUGAUCCCACCCAGGCAGGUAACAUGUAGCCUGUUUUCACUGGGAAUUCUUGGGUUGGACUCAUGCAGUGACAAGCAUGAUCAGUUGUCUUAAAAGGGGCAAUAUUUCAGAGUAGUGGUUUUCAAAGCAACAUAGUAAUUACAUGAGACUUUGUUAAGGAUUUAAAUUUUCAGUCCUAUUUCAGUCCCCAGUGAAUUGGGAAACAACAUGGGGCUCAGUGGUCUGUGUUUUAACAUGUUCCCUGGGUGAUUCUUGUUGCCUGCUGAAGUUAGAAAAUACUGUCCUAGAGCACUUGAACUUUAAAGUUUACUGGUAUAACAUCUUGUGUAGUAGACAAGAUCACAGAAAGCAACCAGAAGUGGGACAGUGAGAGUAAAAUGAGACCAAGAGCAUUUUUUUGCCUUUGGUUUAGCCCCUUUAAAUUAGUAUGAGCUUAUGAGUCAGCUAUUAUAUUCUUUAGUGCACAUCUAAAUAGCUUACAGUUCCUAAAUUUACAUAACCUUGCAACUUUGCAUUCCUCAAAAGUAAAUAGAGUUCAGAGGAAGAUUUGGCAGGCAAAAGGACUGAAAAUUGUGUGUAUGUGUAUGUGUGUGUUUUAAUAGGUCCAGAGUUGUUCAAUUCAUAUCCAAAAUACCAUUUUGUUGCAUCCUACAGCUUUGUAGAGAAGGUCAAAAUUACCUUGCCCUAUGGAUUUUGUUUUAUCUUUUGUUUCAUGUAUAUAUUGUUUGCCUUUUUCAUAAAAUAAUUCUUGGAUUUGUUAUAUAUUGUUCCUGUUAUUUUUGACAUCUUUGCUAUUGUAAAUAAAUUCCUAUUUUGUUUUAAGUUA